AUGGCUGAGGAGUUUCACCCGGUAGGCUCAGCGUCGUUGCACGAGGAAGACAUUGAGGAGAUUUGCAACCAGCCCUGCAUUAGAUGCCCACAGCACAAGUACAUUAUAUCCAUAACCACGGGCGAAUCGUUCUACGAAGCGGUCGAAAUCGUGGUGGACAAGGAAACAAACCGGCGGAAGAUCCGGUCUCUGGGUUGGAAGUCCAAGGGGAUCAUGCAGCGCACCCAUAGUGUGAAGGUGGAGAACGGCACUGUGUACGUCCAGUUGAGCGACCCUUCAGAGCCUCUUCCAUCUGAUAAAUACGCCUAUCUGUGA